GGCAACUUGUGAAAUCUGUCACCUCUCUGAGUCGGAUGAUUUUGGGUUUUAUAAUUUUUACUUUGCUUAAGCGUAAAAUUUAACAUAAUGGCUAAGAAAACCUACGACUUAUUGUUCAAACUCCUACUAAUCGGUGACUCCGGUGUUGGGAAGACUUGUAUAUUAUUUAGAUUCUCAGACAACCACUUCACAACGACAUUUAUAUCUACGAUCGGUAUCGACUUUAAAAUUAAAACGGUGGAGCUCAGGGGUAAAAAAAUCAAGCUGCAGAUCUGGGAUACAGCUGGGCAAGAGAGGUUCCAUACUAUCACCACGUCGUACUACCGCGGCGCCAUGGGGAUAAUGCUCGUCUACGACAUCACUAAUGAGAAAACAUUUGAUGAUAUCGUCAAAUGGUUACGAAAUAUAGACGAGCAUGCUAAUGAGGAUGUAGAGAAAAUGAUUCUAGGAAACAAGUGUGAUAUGGAAGAAAAGCGGGUUGUCAGCAAGGAGCGAGGAGAAGCAAUAGCACGCGAGCACGGCAUCCGGUUCAUGGAGACGUCGGCGAAGGCGAACAUCAACAUCGACCGCGCCUUCUCCGAGCUGGCCGAGGCCAUCCUGGACAAGACGUCGGGCCGCGAGGCGGACGCCGACCACGCGCGCAUCGCCGUGGAGCGCCGGCCCUCGCGCGCGCCGCCCACGCGCGCCUGCUGCACGUAGGCGCUCCUGCCGCGUAACGAUCAUCUGGGGAAACCGUGUAGUCAGGACGCUAGAUAGUUUUCCACAUCACUUAAUUAAUGAAACUUCAGCAUUUGGAACAGGGCAUCGACAUCCGGCGGAUGCGCACUGUGUCGCGGCCUCCUCGUUGGUCGUAGUGCAGUAGCAGCUCACCUACCUAUCGCUACAUCUCACCACGGCAGUGAGCUGCUACUGAGACAAAGCGAUAAACUAAUUACCUUGUAAAUUCAACGAUGCGGCCAUUUUUCUUGUUCCGCUAAUGAGACUAUUAUAAGGUCAUUUAUUACAUAAAAAUGAACUUAAGUGUAGCAUCUUCUAUAUUUAAUGUCUAAAUUAUAGAACCUUUAAGGAUAAAAUUCCAAUGCUUAUUUUUCCAUACAAAUAUUAAUUUUGUGGUAACGUCUAGUCGCAUAAUAAUUUAAUUGCAUGUAUCUUUGGGAUGUAUAAAAAAAAAUACAAUAAAAUACAGUCCUUUAUAUUGGUGCCGUAUAAGUCUCACUGGCUGAUGUAAACUUGUGUCCUUUUUUAUUUGAUUGAGUGUUAAAAGUGUAUUCUGAGAGUCACAACGCACACGGUCACGAGCUUCUGCCGCGCAGCAGACCCACGGGCACGCGCAGCUCGUGCAGGGCUCGCGGCUCGCUUAUAUCAUUUGUGCAAUACUUUUAAAAAUUUCUUUUGAGAUUACCAGGUUAUCGUUAACGUUACUAUAUUGAUUAUGAACUCCUCAAAUUGUUCAGUGUUAGUUGGGGUGCUUAAGCGUUUGAUCGUUAGUCGCGCUACCUCGUUUGCGCUGGCGCACGGCCAAAGUGCAUCUCACAUUUGUUUAUGCAUAUCUCAUUAAAUUAUUCAUAGCAAUCGUUUUAUACUGACAUUAGUAUGUUUAGUUAUUUGUCCAGUCUGCAUGUUUACUUAACUUAUGGUGUAGAACUAACCUACCUACGUCAUAUCGCGAGUUUAAGCUUAAUUAUAUUAUACCUGGUGUCGUUGUCGCGCGAGCAGCACUUGCAUAUCGUCUAGAAUAUGAAAGGAGCGCGUGCGCAGCUGACAUGUAACGCAUUUAUCUUAAGCUGGUCGUAACACUGGGAUAUAUUUACAUAGAUCAUUCUCGUACUACUUAGAUCGUCGGAGGCCGUGGGGCCCGUCAGUCAGUUUUGCUAAAACAUUACGCGUUUCUAGCAAAAUUGUACUACGAUUAUAGUUAAUUAUUUAAGUAAUUAUACUCUAUAGUUAUGUAUGUUGAUGAAUAAAAUACUAUUUUAUCGUACGGUGUAUGUCUCGUCGGUUUUUACCUGCUUUUAUAAAUAAACAUCAGCAAUUGUAUAUUAUGUUCAUAUUAAAUUACUUAUCGUAA